CAUGUCCCGCCCCGCCACAGCAAGACCGGUCCGGCACAAAUACAAAAACAACCGGGACAGACGGAAACAGAGGAUAUCAACAAAGGACAGCUACUGAGGAUAUAAAACACCGGCUCACAGAGCUGUCUGAAAGCAGCUCUCGUCAUCAAGAAAGAAACACCUGCUGGCACGGCAAAUCCCAGAACAUGAAAUCAUUACGAUUUCUCGCUGCCGAAGGAUUCAUUCACACCGGCCCGAGUGCGCUGGACAACCUGAGCUGUCUGUCUUUUAACAUCUACCCUGUUCUCUUCAAGGUCUGUUACCUGCAUGAGCGGGCCGACCUGCUGCAUGCUGUGGUUCAGACAUGGCCGCUUCCCGAGCUGAACAUACAAAGACUCCUGGGAAAGACUGCAGACUGUCAGCUGGACCUCACUUCUCGCACCUGCCGGGUUUCUCUGCAGGCGAUUCUGACCGGCUUAAAGGAUUAUGUUUUGUCUCCUCCGACAACCUAUGCCAAGAGCCUUCAUCUGGUGGACCUGACUGCUCUGAAGGACACGGAGCAUCAGGCCUGCCCCUGUAAGUCCACCCUGGGCCGAUGGGCGAGGACCCAGCUGCUGACCCAGAUGUGCUACGAGACCAUGGUGGCGAUGCAGGCCAGCGAAGUGUCCCAGUCCGCUUUCGAGACGGCCAUCGACGUUCGCCUGAACGGCUUCGUCACGGGCCGCAACUACGAGCUGGUCGCUCAGGCGUUUCUGCUCCUUCGCUACUGUCCUCUGAAGCUCCGCUUCGUCAGUUUCAGGGCAGAUUCUCUCGCCCUCAAGCAGCUCUUCUACAUCCUCCGACUGGCGGAGCCAGAGUCCAUAGCGAAACUGGAGGUCGUCCACAAUGUCCCUCUGGAGGCCCCGCACCUGGAGGUGCUGCUUUCCAGGGUGGAAUUCCCCAAGCUGACGUCUCUCACGCUGCCUGCCGGAGCCUUAGAUGUCAGACGGCUGGGAGCCGACGACGACGAUCUGCUGGCCACCAUUGGCAAUUUGUUGGCCCAACUGAGAAGCCUCACUGAGUUCUAUGUUGGUUUUUCUACUCUCACUGGACACCUGCGAAGACUGCUCAGUCCUCUCAACACGCCCCUGCAGUGCUUGGAGUUGGCGAACUGCUGCCUUAACCGUGUGGAUAUGACCUACCUGUCCAACAGCCUCCACAGUGAGAGCUUGGUUCACCUGGACCUCAGCGGACACAGCAUCUUCAGCUCCUUCUCCACUUCCUUCCACAAACUGCUCGGCCGCUGCUCCGCCACGAUAACGCGCCUGGCCCUGGAAGAGUGCGACAUCGAGGACGAGCACAUGGACGCCUUCACCAACGCCCUGGCUUGUUGUCAGGGACUGGAGGAGCUCAAACUUCUGGGAAACCCUCUGAGCUCUGCCGCACUGCAGAGGUUGUUCUCCACGCUCACUGCAGGGUUUCCUAAGAUGAGGUACAUCGAGAUACCGGUUCCCCGGGAAUGCUACUCCGAGGACGUCACCUAUCCCCUCGACGAUUCAGUGCUGCUGCAGUACGACAGAGAGCUGUUCCAGGAGACCAGAGCGCGGCUGAUGGGCGUCCUGGAGGGGGCCGGCAGAGGAAGCGUGGAGGUGUGCACCCCACUCAUGGGAGCCUACGAUCCAGACAUUAAUGAAACCAGCAAUGAACUGGGGAUGUCCAUGCUGAAAUCUUUCAACAGCGUCAUCGGGAACUUCAUAGAGACGAUCGCUGAUGUCAACAACAGAAGGUCACACGUUAAGGCUGAUGAACAGUGAGGUUUAGUGUUGAAAAAAAUAAACCGGAGGGACGUAGUCUGGCCUGCAGCUCAGAUUCUGUAAAUAUAUUUGUGAAAAAAAAAAAAGUAACCUUAAGCUAAG